CUUUAUUUAGAUGAGUAAAAUUAUUGAAGGAAAAUGUGAAUUUAUUUUGCCAGAUGAUGUAUUUUUUAACCCAGUACAGGAGUUUAAUCGAGAUUUAACAGUUUUGAUUAUUAAUUCCUUUAUACAUUUUUUGAAAAAUUCUAUUAUUCAUAAGGAAAAGUUAAAAAUUGAGUCAGGUCUUUCUAUAUUAGACGCAUUUUCUGCUACUGGAUUAAGAGCUGUCAGGUAUGCAAAAGAACUUCCAAACAUCGGAUGCGUAAUAGCUAAUGAUCUUUCAACGUUAGCAACUCAAGUUAUCGCUAAAAAUAUCGAUCACAAUGGUCUUAGUCAAGAUAUCAUAAAAAUCUCCAACGAGGAGGCUAAUCUGUUGAUGCUAAAAAAUCAUUCGACACAUAAAACGCAAAUCGAUGUCAUCGAUAUAGACCCAUACGGUUCCGCUGCUCCAUUCUUAGACGCUACUAUGCGCGCUAUUAGCAAUGGAGGUCUUGUAUGUGUGACAUGUACCGAUAUGGGAGUGUUGUGCGGAGCUACUGGCCACAAUUGUUAUGCCAAAUACGAUUCCAUAGCUUUGCAUACUAAAUAUGCCCACGAAAUGAGUUUACGUAUAGUCCUCCACAGCUUGGAAAGUCACGCUAACAAACAUAAUAAGUAUAUUGUCCCGUUGGUGAGCGUGAGCGUCGAUUUUUACGUUCGACUAUUCGUUAGGGUCUAUGAGAGCGCGGCUCAAGUCCAUUUAAGUCCUAGUAAAAGAUCUCUAGUCUACCAUUGUAACGGCUGUCACUCUUAUUAUAUGCAACCUUUGGCUUUGUUGGACAAUAAUAAUAAAUUUAAACACUCUUCGGGACCUUCUGUAUCAAACGUUUGCCAAAUAUGCUCAAGUUCUUUGAUAUUAGGUGGUCCCGUAUGGAACGGACUCUUGCAUGAUAAAUCGUUUGUUGAUGACCUGUUGAAAAGCUUACCCGACUUAAGCUAUUUGGGUACCCAGGAGAGGAUUUUAGGAAUUUUGACGUUAAUAUCAGAAGAAUUGCCAGAUGUUCCUUUGUAUUACAAAAUGGAUAAAAUGACAAGUAGUUUGCAAAUGAGCGUUCCCAAAUCUACGGUCAUAAAAUCCGCUAUACUCAAUGCAGGUUAUAGGGUAAGCAUAUCUCAUUGUGACCCUGGAUCGAUAAAAACCGAUGCCCCUCUUAACGUACUAUGGGGAAUAUUCACGUGUUGGGCUCUAUUGAAUAAAAUCGAUCCCGAAAAACUUAAAAGCGAUAUAGCCAAACGAAUAAUUAGUCAAAAUUUUAAAUUCAAAGCGGAUUUCAAAACACACCCUUUAGCCAUCCCGAAAUCGAUGAAAUUUAAUAUGUGCCGUUUUCCUAAUUUACCACCUAACUGGGGACCUCAGACAAAAUCCGUGAUUAAGAAAAUUAAGAUAACAUGAUUAUAUAUUUUAAAAAUGUAAAAAUCGCGAAAUAUAAGUUAACGUUUUAUUUUUCAAACAAUUCAUUUAAAUCAUAUAAAUUAUUGUAUUUUGAUAUAAAUUAUAUACCUGACAAAACAAAAAUUGAUUUAAAUGGUCGAAUUUUUAAGCAUAAUAUUAUAGCCAAGACAGCCCUUUAAUCUUAAUUGUAAUAAAAUUUAUUAUUAUGAGUAAUGAACUGAUCGACGAUGGCUCUUUUUUUCUAAGACUUUCGUUCAUACCAGUUUGGGCCUUACUCACUUUUUACACACAUUUAAGCCUGCAUGUACAAUUUAAUUUCGAUAAAAUUUAUACUUGAUAUCUAUGAAGAAAUUUAUUUAGUUACUGCUAUUCCUCGACUGGGUGUGAAGUUUUCGCCAAUUCCUUACUUUAUUUUUUUAGUUAAGUUAUUUGAAUUUUUUAUAUUUUUAUGAAAAUCAAAAGUUUAAUAAUCCUUUAUAUGUACUUCGGAUAAGAAAAAUUAUCUUUAACUAAUACGUUUCCCACUUUAAAAAAACAAUA